CGCCUCCGCCUCCGGGCUGUGGCUCGCGAGGUGAAAAUUUGAAAACUGCUUCUGCAGAGACACUAGCGGACCGGUUCGAAGGGCACCAAGACUCUGAGACACCAAGCAACUUGCUGAAGAUCACACAGCUGUCCCCAGCAUGGAAACUGCCUACCUGAAGAAGUGCUUUGGAAGCAGCCUGACCCAGGCACUGGCAGAGGUUGCAAGAGUGCGGCCCAGUGACCCAAUAGAGUACCUGGCUCACUGGCUUUACCAUUACAGGAAUAUAACUAAAGCUGAAGAAAAGAAACGUCAGGAGGCGCUACAGCCUAAGGAAGCGUAUGAAAGAAGCUCUGAGGAAGUAAAACCAACAGAAAUGCUGAAAGAAGAAGGCUAUCAGAUCCAGCAGAAGUGUGAAAAGUGUCACCAGGAACUUCCCUCCACCACUCUCUCCUCAAACAAGACCUCAACCCUGCAGGAAGACACAGCACCUCUUGAGGAGACAACUAUGGUGCAGGAAUCUCAACCAGGUGUCUCGCGUGUGAUUUCUGAUAUGCCUCAAAGGGCUAUUCCCUCAUAAAAAAGAAAGAUGGCCUGCAAGAGGAGCACUCAUCUAAGAUUUAGGAGACUAGGAAGGAGGGAUCUACAGACUCUCUGGUCUGCUAGCCAUAGCUACCUUUAAUCAUGUGAAGUUUUGAAUUAGCUAUUAGAGAAAAGUGAACUCAGAACAAGAAUUAAAAGCAGUAAGUCAUCAAACCAGUGAGGCCUUUUUCUCCUGACAUUACAGAGUGAGAGCAUGCCCCUCUACUAUACUCAUCUUAACUUUAGCUGUGCUUUGCAGUCAGGGCUCUGGUAAUCCUUACCAGUGUCCUGGAGGCUGUCAGUGUCACUAAUAACAGAUGUUGUCUUCACUCUAUGUCACUAUUUAAAACAAUAUGUUUCCAUUUCUUAUUAUGAUACAACACAUGACAUAAAAUUCACAAUUUAGUGACCUUAACACAUUCAUAUUAUGCAACUCUUCCUACCAACCAGCAUGCAAACUAUAUCUUUUUACCUUGUAAGACUGAAACUCUGUCCCAUUAAACAAUAACUCUAUUCUACCCCCACCCCCAAAACCCUAGAAACUAUCAUUCUACUUUGUCUGGGUUCUUUUGACUAU